AUGGAUCCUCCCUCCUCGGACCCUCCCUCAAACCCACCCUCGGCGCCAAAUCCUGCAGGUGACGCGGGUGUGCUCCCGGAAUUUUCCAGCCUGUGUCUUCAAGAUGCACCAUCACCACCGGCAGAGGACGACAAUAUGGACGUUGUCAAUAUGUCAAGAGAGACGGCCAUGAAACUCAUUGUACGUUCCGUAGUCGCAAUAGCAAACUCUGCCGGUGACGUACCGGCAACACCACCGCUUUCUCGACCCCAAACACCUUCUGGGAAAGAGAAUUUUGCGGCUCUCAAGGGUCAUCGGCGCACAGCAUCAAGGCCGGCGACGCCUAUCCCUGCCGAUAGACAGAAGCACCAGCCCACCCAGCUGGAUCCUCCAGAAGCGAGCCAUGACGAACCGACCAUCACUCACGAUGUGGGCGCAGGAGCUCAGCCAGAAUCUGUCCAGCGGCUCAAUAUGGCGCGAAAGUUCUUCUCGAAAACGGUACCAAAAGUCGGCGUGGAAGAGUACAUAAACCGCAUUCAAAAGUUCUGUCCGCUCUCAACCGCUGUGUGGCUAGCAGCAGGAUCUUACAUUCUACGUCUAUGCGUCGUUGAUAGGAGUGUCCCGCUCACAUACCGCACGAUGCACCGCCUAAUACUAGCGUGCGCUCUGGUAGCUAUGAAGGCACUGGAAGACCACCGAUGGCCCCAAAAGCGCUUCGCAGCUGUCGGCGGCGUAGACGAGGCUGCACUCAGUCGACUGGAGCUCUGCGUGGAAUUCCUACUUUCGUUCGACGUCCAAAUUUUCACGCCAGAGAAGUUGAGGGAUCUGACAUUACAAUUACAAAGAGCAGGACAGGCAGCGACGAUGACGACUAGGCUACCGUCGUCGUUUAACUUGAGCAUGUCAAAUCCGAAGAUGCGACAUGUUCAGGUCUGA